AUCACAAGUGCCAAGAACGGAACUCAUCCUACUUAAAAGGAAUGCUGGAAUCGUUUCCUUUGUUAAUAUUUCUGUCUAUUGUUGGAAAUGUUGUCUCGCUUGGGAACGGACCAGGUGUGUGUAGCAGAACAGAACGCCAAACUGUCGAUCGAGUUGUGACGAAAGAGGUAUAUGUUGGAACUACAGAGAUACCAUGUGUUGUCAAUAGCUGGCUAGAUGAGUUAUCUUGUAUGAACAGAAAAACGAAAACAAUAAACGUUACAGAACAUAGAAAUGAAACAAUACAAGAAAUCGUUCCCAUGGUUAUUAAGUUUUGUUGUGCAGGAUAUACCCUCGAGGGGGACAGAUGUGUACAACAAACUACAACCACAACAACAACGGAGAGAAUGACAACCACUUCUACUGUUAGAGUAGUAACAACGCAACAACAAAAGACCACAAUACCAACAACAAAACCACAAACAACCAUAAAACCAACAACUCAACUACAAACAACCAUAAAACCAACAACAAAACCACAAACAACCCUAAAACCAACAACACAGCCACAGACAACCAUAAAACCAACAACACAGCCACAGACAACCAUUAAACCAACAACACAGCCACAGACAACCAUAAAACCAACAAUAAUAAAACCAGAAAUUACGACAAUUAAAAAAUCCGAAACGACUGUUCCACCAAAAUCAACUAAAAGUGUUCUUACAACAUCUGAAACGACCACUAAUGAUAUUGCAGCAACAACUGCAAGACAAGUGACAAUUGGAGCAAAAGUUAAACCAAAACGGAUCACUACCGACAUAGCAGGUGCAGACGGAAAUACUCCUAGUCCAGACAUCGAAAACAAAAUCAACCCAGACAGCUCGUCUGAAAGUGUAGAUACGAGAGAUAUGUUAUUAUAUGUGUCCGCUGCCUGCGGACUGUUGUCUUUUAUAACAAUGAUAGUUGUCGUCGGCAUAUGUUACCAGAGAUCAAAGAGAAACAACAACCGCCGAUUCCAUAAUGAUAUUCUGUCAAUGGAAACGGUUCGAGUUAACGGUUUGAAUCAAAUGCAUGGUGUGGAAAAUCCCAAUUAUAAGCAACAAAAUGAAUCAGAGUGCGUCGAACCUAUAAACUACAGAGAAAAGAAACAAAAUUGCAAUAACGUGUAUACAGAAAUGCGCUUAACCGGAGCAAACCAAUACGACGAUCUAGUAGGAAUCGAGGAAGACCCGUAUGACGAACUACCUGACGAAUUACCGGGCGAUUACCAAGAUUGCGAUGCGUCUCCAAGAUUAUACAAGGCUUCGGUAUCUCCAGAAAACCCUUACGAUGUUUCCAAGUAUUGAAUCUGUCUGAUGUUAGUGCUACCUGGUUUAUCAGUCACACUGUUCGGUCAGAGGAGAGACAAGACAUAUGAGUUGAACUGAGGUUUUGUUUUGCAAUUUUAUGUUUGCCAUUAAAUUAAACAUUAUAAUGUGAAAAUUACAUGUGCGGGAUUUUAAGAACACAUACUAGUAAUUUAACGUACUGUACUUUAUGAUUGGUAACUAGUUGUGUGAGUGUGUGAUAUAUAAUAUAAUCUUUAUUGCAAAAUUACACCCAUAAGGGUCAAGCAAUACAAGCAAACAAUGAUACAUUUUAAAUACAAUGCAAUACAAUGAAAUACAAUGCAAUUUAAUAGAACAUACUUUUAAAGUUCAAUUAUAAAUUUAUGUACAAAACACAAUCAUGAGCUUGUCUGACAUGGGUCUGACCCCCUCAGUUCUAAAGACUGCUUAAUGAAGACUCCAAUAUGACAAACAAGUUCAAGGAUGGGGUUUUGAAUGUGUUUUAGUUUAUUAUAUACUAUUUGUCGUAAUAUUUUCGCCAUAAUCGUGGUUAUUAUUUCACACAUGUUUCACUUAAAUGUUUCAUUCAUUCUCCAUUUAAACGUUAAUGCCGUAAACAUAACCACUCUAAAUUCUCCCUUUUGAGUGUCUGGAUAAGGUUAACUAUUGUCACCUAUUCAGACCCUCUUCUAUGGUCCAUAUCGUGAACGGCCCAUUGCGCCAAAUUAAGCAGAUAUACGGAAUAUAUGCUUAAUUUCAAUACAUUUUUGAUUUCGUUUUUUUGCGUUGUUUGUUAUAUAUAUGUAAUAACUUUUUGGAUGUUAGGACCAGCGAGCGAGAGAGAGAGAGAGAGAGAGAUGUCACCGAUUUUGUUUGGAUGUUAGGUCGAGCUAGCCCAUUUUGUCCAUGGAAUCUAUUGUCGUAGUCCAUGUGUAAAUCAUCACUGCCAAAGGACCACAUGGUUGCAAUGGCUAUAUAUAUAUAUAUAUAUGUUGGUACAAUGAAAGGUAUGAACCUGCACACCGGGAACCAAUGGUUUGUUUUUCUUACGGACAGAAACAUUACUUAUGCUUGAUGGUAAACAUAACCAAAGCAAGUAAAAAAUGGAAAGGCAAAUUUGUUCUAAGAAUAUGGAUGUAGUAUUCAGUGGGCAAUCACAUCAGAUAUCGGUCCAAACACAGAUUCCCAUUGUUGUAGACCCAUUGGUGACCUUAUGCUGUUGUCUGUUCAUUGAUCAGGUUAUUGUCACUUUGACACAUUCCCGUUUUCAUUCUCAAUUUUAUUUCUUUGUUGUUGUUUUGGGUUUGUUUUUUUUACAUGUACUUUUUAAAGUUUGUAUCUUUUUUAAUAACUUGGCCCAUAUUUGUAUAAUUGCAAUAAAUAAUUAAACCUUAACAUAAAAUAUGUGAAUAUGCCAUUGAUAUGUGAAAUGACUGCAUGAUGGUGAUUGUGGUAUGUCGACAUUAAGGAUCAAUUUUCGGUCUUCACAGAUACUCUUAGAUUUCUUGAAUUAUCUGUUUGUACAGAAAGUUUUUUGUAAUAUGACCGUGACGUCAUCACCGGGGUUUUUUCAUGAUUUACUCCGGCUUGAAAAGAAUUAAAUUAUAGGGAAUGACAAAUAUUUUUCCUAUCUAUUCGAAAUAACAUCAAACCUGUGUGCACGCAGGUUAUUCAGUGUGCACCACAUUUUUGGUGUUAUUUUUUCAUAGGCAGAAAAAAAUAUUACAGUCAUUCCUUAAACAGUUACAAAAUAAUGUUUAUGGUUGAACAACUUGACCUUCACGAAGACAACGGAAAUCUACCUCUUAUGUUUGCAAAGUACAUUAUACAAUUAAGUACUGAUAUGUCUGUACCGGAAGGACAUCUAUUCACAUGCCAUAAAGUGUCAGGCCAUAUCUAAGAGGUCUUAAUUAAAUGUUUAAAUUAUUUUUUGCG